AAACAGAUUACGCGCUGUCGAAUUCCUCUUGACAUUUCUAGAUGUAUGUUGAUACGAUAAUCCAAUAACCGGCGGAUUAAUCCUUUACACUCCAUAUAGUGCUAAUGGUGACGAGUAAUUAUCGGUUUGCGCGAAUUGCAUGCUUCUCGCUUGAAAACUACAAUAAUGUGAAACAUUAACAGACGAGCAACGAUCCUUUGAGCGAAAGAGUGAUCACGAUCUUUGCACGAUGCCCAGCGCCCCGCAAGAGUUGAUUGCGCGCGUCGAUGAAGGCAUCGCGAUGCGCCGACGUGGUUGCUCGCACCCGUUCUCUCUCUCUCGCUCUCUUGCACCUCGACUUCAGCACGUGGCAUCAAAGAAAAGGAUAUACAUCGGGGUGGUCGGUCUUCCCGGCCAAACGACGACGACCCUCACUCGUCGUUGUUCAUUCGCGCGCGCGGAUUCGAGAGUUCACUCCGCGAAAUGAUAGCAUCUCGAUAGCGUCCGCGAGCGUACAUCGAAAUAUUUUGCAGCGUGUUCGAAUUAUCUUUCGGCGCAGUUUUGCAGCAGUACUUCGGAGUGAUUUAACAUUGCCAAAUUCGAAAAAAUCUGCAUCGCUUUCUUCUAGAUCUUUGGUCGCUCGCCGGAGAAACACAAAGAAUGAACAUGAAAAUCGGCAAUUUUUGACUUUAUUUCCAGGAAGAUUUCGAGAUGGAUAUAUCACUGAAUUUUUCAGACGAAACGGCCAUUAAAAUGUCGCAGAAAAGAAUUCGGAAGUCCAACGAGGUCGACAGAUUUACUUGAACGAAUGCUCUGCGUGAGAAAAAGAUAUCCAAGAGGGGAUCAAUAGAUAAGGGAGAAGGAGGAAUGGGCCCUUGGGCCUUCGUCUUACUCAUCCUCGUGUCAGCUCUGGGUCUCUUUCUCAAUGGAUACGUUCUCCUCGUUCUCGGUCUUGGUAAACAGACGCAGCAGCAGCAGACGGCGAAUACUUUGUUAUUGAUCCAUUUGGGCGCUGUGGAAGCGGCGGUGUGCCUAAUAUUGCUGAUUUUCACCACGGGUUCGUGGCCGUUCGCCGACACUUGGUGUGUUCUUCACGGAUUUCUGUUAGCGCUUUUACACCCGGUCGCUCUUUGGACCGUCACCGGAUUAAAUUGCGACAGGUAUUACGCGAUUGCCGCACCGCUGCAUUAUGCCGCUUUGGUUUCUCCGCGACGCGUAGUCGUCGGGCUGGUUGCUUCUUGGACGGGCGCUCUACUCCUGUGCUUGCCGCCGUUCUCCGGUCUGGUGCCACCUUAUAAAUACAAUCCAGGACUGGGUUGUUGCGCCCCAGAUUUCGGGAAUGGCGCUUGGGGUACGGCCGCGGCGCUUUACGGCGCCGUUUACGCCAUCCUAAGCCUGGGCUUGCCGGCUAUCCUCGUCACGGUCUGCAAUUUACGUGUGUUGGGCAUAGCGCGCUAUCAUCGGCAUCGCAUCGCCAGCGCGAUUUACGAGGUCACCCUCAGCGCCCAGGUGACCAUUACCCAUCAGCGGAAUCCGUUUUUUGUGCCAACUGUCACCGCACCCUCCGCCGGCGGACCGCCGCGUUUUCACAGCGCCGCCAGCACGGUGAUGCAACUAGUAGGCUCCCUGUAUUUGCUUUACUUUCCCUACUGCGGACUGAUUCUCUGGGAAGCCUGCAGCGCCGGCAAUCAGCCCCGACACCACGCGUAUCCAAGACUCGCUGAAUCUCUGGCAUCACUCCUCCUUGCCUGCUCGCCGCCCAUCAACGGCCUUCUCUACGGCCUGAAAUCGCAAACCCUGCGACGAUCUGUGCAGAACUAUUGGCGGAAAAAGGCAACAAAAUCGGAGCUACAGCAGGAGAUACAAGCGAGGACACCGAGCGUCGCCGGCUCCCGACGUCCUUCCGGCAGUGGAAACGCUUCCUUCUUCCCCUUUCCGCCGUUACAACGAAGGCUCAGCGAGACACUGCUGGCCCUUGGUUCCUAUAGAACUGGAAGUAGUUUCGAAAGUAAUAACUUCGGGUUCCAGCGUGGCAGAUUGCAACCUGCUGCCUCGUGCAACACCCUCAGAGUGCCGACCACCGAAUCAGGUGAGCCGAACAAUUCGGUGAAGGCAAGCGCGAGCGCCGCCAAUCUGAUGGGUCCUCAUUAUCGGAGUGACUUUAUCGGGGCGGAGUUGGGCGCGGGCUGUUCCAUAGCUAUGUGCGAGAUCCCAAAGAAGAGUCCGAGGAUCCUCAUAACGCGCGCGUACAGCGAGGAGAGUCAGGACGGCGAGAGCCCGCUGCUGAGAAAACCCUUCAAUUCCAAUACUAACCUCCCGCCAUGCGAAAAACGCCGAUGGCGGCACUGCAGCAUCGGAAGCGAGAGCAGCACGGAGAGCAGCGACGCGAGCGUGUGGACCACCGGCGUGGCUCCCAAGUACGUCAAGGGCAACGCGAAAAAUUCAGCGGACGGCUGGUCAUCACGACGAGGCGCACACGACGAGAAUUUGGAAGAAGGCGCUCUAUCGACCGCAGUCAGACCGAACAACAAUAGCGAGAGUAGCGAUACUACCACGGAUACAACAACAGCCACUACAACGACCACGCUGCUCAAAUCUCUCGCCAUAGAAAACGGUGGGCAGAACAAGAGAGAUAAGGAAAAGAUAAAUGGUAAUACGAAAAAGGGAGAAUAUAGCGAAAGCGAGAGUAGUUGGAGCAGCGUAGAGGAGAUCGAGACUAAGGCCGUAACUGAGAGAGAUGAUGAAGACGAUAAUCUCGAAAGGGCGAAGGAGGAACUGCAGACGAGGCUUCCGCGGCGAAAGUCGAAAAGUGGCAACUGCGAGCCCGAAGUUGCUGAGGAUCGUGAGGAAGCUGCGCAACUGAGACCCCUCCUGACUUCCUCCUCUUAAGCUUAUCUCCUAAAUGUAUUUUCUUUUGGCUAAUCCGUUCGUGUCCCGGACAAAAUGAGAUUCUGUCGCGUAUAUUUAAGCGACACUGAUACACGGCACUGUAGGCAGUUUCUGAAAUAAGAGAGCACGCAAUCGUGACGGACUAUUUUGUGAGACGGAUUAUUUUGUGAGACGGACUAUUUUGUGAGAGUUUACAAAAAAAAAUAAAGAGUUAACCAACCGCAACACAAUUAUUUUGAUAACUAGCAUCUAUCGAUACGAAAGAAAGGAAAGUCAUUUGAAAAAUAACUGGUUUAUGCGUAUACAUUUUGUACUAGCACAAAGAAUGAUCUAUCGUUUCUUUUUUUUUUUAAAUAUAUUCCGAUAAGCUUUGUAAACAAGUUUGGACGAAGAUUCGGCGCAUCGCCUUUACGCUCGACAUUGAUAUAUUGACAUAUCCUAAAAUUAUAUUUUUGUACUGUUACUCUUGCAACAUUACGUAACGCAACGAUGAUGUGAAGCCAGCCUUUAUCACAAAGAAAGGAGCAAAGCUGAUUAAUAUAUCGUCGAUAGAAUUAUUUGGAGUGGAAUUCCCUUGCUCGCUUGCCUCGUAAAAGGAGAGAAUUAAUCAUCGAUCGUUUUCGAUCGUUAUCGAUGAAAGUUUGCGUCAAAAACGAAUUCGCAAAGAACUCGUUAUAUCCAUCAAAGUUCCGGUUCAAUUUAUCUUUAAUUUGCCGACGCAAGUCAUAGAAACUUGUGGAAAAGUCAGAAUGGAAGUCGAACACCCGAGAAAGUUCUUUUGACAGAAAGUGGUAACAACGUCGAAUCAAAGAGGAGCUCUUGAAAAACGUUUCAGCGUUAAUCGGGUACGUAAAGUUAAACCACUUGAGAAAACAAGAAAUAAAUCUUGAAUUUGUGUCUUUUGUGAAUGUCAAAUGUUGCUCGGUAGUUACAAUCGUACUACAUUUAUCGACGUGAAUUCCAUGGCUAUCUUAUGACUGACAUCUACGUGAUAAUUAUUAACAAAUUAGAUAAAAUAAGUAGCAAUUAAUCGAUAGUGUAAGUAGUCGUUAGAAUUGACACUCUAAAAACUGCGUAAAGCAUAUAUGUGCGUACAAAUUCAUGUGAACAGAUUUCUCGACGUUCUCUGGACAUUUAGCAGUGUAUUUAUGAUUACAAUGAGAAUGCGUUUCAUUUUUGGUGAAAAAUCGUUAGAAGUGUACUAGAAUCAGCCCGUGUAUUCGCUUAUUUUGUUUAUAAUUGAUACUUGCAUACUAGUCAUUCCGAUACAUAUUUAUUUUAUAUAGGAUGUCCCAUUUAUCUCUUACACCUCAAAUAACUCCGUUAGUUUUACAGAUACGAAGAAAAUGUUUAAGGAAGAAGUUGUAUGGUUCAACGAGAGAGAUACAAAAAUUAAAAAUAAAAAUUAAAAAUUCUAAUAAAAAUAAUACAAAAAUAAGGAUUUUAUAGAAAUUACAAUUCUUAAAAAUAAAACGAAAAGCUACGUAAAGCCCGAGCCGGAUCUUUAUUGCUCAAAUUCUUUCAAGAAGAAAAUUACACAAAACAGACGUUUCGGCCACUAAACGUUUUGGCCAUCAUCAGUGUAACAAUUCAAAAAAAUUAAAAAUAAAUAUCAGCGUGUACAGAUCAUAGAGGGUAACACAGAAAUAAUCAAAGAUAAAAUUCAAGCUUGGACUCGCAAAAUUUUAAAAACGUUAACGCAAUGAAACAGUCAACGGAAAGACACAUCUAACAGGUGGGGAACUUAGAAAGGAUAGAUAGAUAUGAAUCCGGAAAGAGUUCGGUGUCAUUCUGUUUAUUGAGGCUAUUAGUUGACGUUUGAUAUGCAGGAUUUUGGAAAUCAAUCUUUUGCCAUAUAAGGACUCACUAUCUAAAUCUCUAACAUGAUCCCAAUCGAAAUCAUGGUUAAAAUCCAGUCUAUGAGCAGGGAUGACAGAGGGAGAGUCAGAUCUUUUCUUAAUAUCCAUCUGAUGUUCUUUGAUUCUCGUUUUUAACUGUCUCUUGGUUUGACCAACGUAAGAAACAACUCAAAACAGGAGAUUUUAUAUACAACUCCAUUCCGCUGCAUAGAAUCUAAUAAAUCUUUUCCUGUUUUUAUGAAUAUGUCUAGUUUAUUAUUACAAAAAAAGGCAGUUUUAAAGUUGUGUUGAUUUUGGAUUGAAAUGUUUCCGAAAUGCCUUUGAUGUAAGGGAUUAAGAAAAAUUGUUUUUUACCUCUAUUAGAGUGUGAAGAGUUAAUUUUGUGGAAAUGAGAUUUGAUCCUUUUUUUAAUUAUGGAAAAGAUAAAAUCUAGAGGAUAAGAAUUCUCCAGUAAAAUGGAGAUGAUUAUUUCAAAAUUUUUUUGUUAAAAUCUUAUAUCGGAAAAAGUCAAAACUCUAUCAACUAAACCCAAAAUAACAUCUCUCUUGUGGAUGGUAGAAUGAUGUGAGUGAAAAUUUAAGUAUCUGCGUGAAAAUGUUGAUUUGAAAUACAGAUAAAAAAUGAAUCUAUUAUUUUCAAUAGUAAUCUGUAUGUUUAAGAAAUUAAUACUAUUAUUCAUGCUCAACGUUUAGUGGCUGAAACGUCUGUUUUGUGUAAUUUUCUUCUUGAAAAAAUUUCAGCAAUAAAGAUCCGGCUCGGGCUUUACGUAGCUUUUCGUUUAAUUUUUAAAAAAUAAAAAAUCGUAUAAAAAUCAUUUUGAAGGUUGUUUCAAAAUCAUCAAUAUAUUUUUAAACGGAAUUAUAUGGUUUUAGGUAGAUGAUGUUUUAAUUGAUUCCGAAAGAAGUUAAACCAAUAUAAUAAUGUAACCUUCAGAUGAUUUUGUGCUGCAAAAUCACGCUAAAAUGGCAUAAUCAAUAAAUCUGAAUAUUAUUUAUUUUAUAUUAAUAUAGUUUAUUUAUUUUAAUAAGUGUUCAAAAUAUAUGUUUACCAUUGACGUUAAUACAUUUUUGCAAACUUUCGAUAAACAAGUGUCUUGCUAUUGCGAUUACUUGUGGAGUAAUAUUUCUUAAGGCAUUAAUAAUGCGCUCUCUCAUAUUCUGCGCUGUUGUCGGUGUAUCUUGGUACAUAAUAUCUGUUAUUGUUUCCCAUAAAAAAAAAAUCAAGUGGUGUUAGAUCUCCGGGGAGCGUGCCGGCCAGUUAAUUAUUGAGCCCCUAUCAAUCCAUUUUUCCGGAAACAUGUUUCUUAAAGUAUUACGUGUAUAAUAUAAUAUAGAUAUAGUACGUGAUACGUGAAAUGAAUUAAAUAACAUGUUUGCAGAACAGUAGAUUGAUAGGGGCUCAAGAAUAAAUAUUAACUGACCGGCAUGCUCUCCGGAUCCAACACCACUUGAUUUUCUUUCAUGAGGAACAAUAAAAGAUAUUGUGUACCAAGAUACGCCGACAGCAGCGCAGAAUGAGAGAACGCAUUCUUAAUGCCUUAAGAAUAUUACUUCACGAGUAAUAGCAAGACUAUUUCCUCAUUUUUUCGUAUCUGUAAAAUUAACGGAGUUAUUUGAGGUGGAAGAGAUAAAUGGGACACCCUGUAUAUGAUUCCAUCGAUAAUAUUAAUAUAUUAUUUAUUACAUAGACGGGAACUUCUGUAUUUUUUCUUCUGAUUUUCCAUUUUUCCCCCUUUAUCUCGUCGCUUUGUCUAAUUAUACGGCAGCAUUAAAAUAAAGAAAUAAAUGAAAAAUUGAAGAUACACAUAUAAUACUCUUAUUAUCGGAAAGAGUAUGCAUCUUUUUGAUGUUAUCUAUCAAUAAUUUAUUAAAUUCAUCAAACAGUAUUUUCUGUUUUUUAUUCUAAUAUUGCCAUGUGGUUAGAAAAAUGUGAAAUAGUAAGAAAGAAAAAAUCAAAAGAAAAACUAUGAAAUUUCGACUGUAUGUUGUUGAUGGUUGUAAUUAAGAAUUUAUGAAGAGCAAGUUGUCGAAUUGUGUUGUCGACAUUGCGGUAUGGAUCGUUUUAUCGGCGUCUAUUUAAUUUAUAUAAUAUUGUUGUUGAUAUAUUGCAUUAUAAUUUAUAAAGCUGAUGUAACUAUCCUUACUAUCGUACGUACGAGGCUUUCGAUUGUUUCCACGCGUACGCCUAUGACGUCCAUGUAUUCUUUGAAUUCGAAUCGCUUAU